AUGUUGGGUUUCGUCGGGAUUUUGGUAUCGGAUCCAUGGCUACAGAACCAAUUCACGCAGGUGGAGCUCCGGAGUUUGAAAUCUCACUUCACGAGCAUGAGAAGGGAGAGCGGAAAGCUCAUCGUGUCAGACCUCGCGUCAAGGAUGGGGAAAUCAAAGGUGGUCGGAGAUCAAAACCUCGGCAACGAAGAAAGAGCGUCUCUGAUCCAAAGUUUCCAUCCGAACUUAAACGACGAAGUCGAUUUCGAAUUUUACUUGAGGAUUUAUCUGAAUCUCCAAGCUCAUGUGAACGCCAUAAUCGGAAGCGGCGUGAAGAAUUCGUCUGCAUUUCUCAAAGCAGCUACAACCACUUUGCUGCACACUAUCAGCGAUUCUGAGAAGUCUUCUUAUGUUGCUCAUAUUAAUAAUUACCUCUCUGGAGAUGAAUUUUUGAACAAGUACCUCCCUAUUAACCCUUCCUCGAAUGAUCUCUUUGAAGUGGCAAAAGAUGGCGUUUUACUUUGUAAACUUAUAAAUGUGGCGGUUCCUGGGACGAUUGAUGAACGAGCAAUAAAUACUAAGAGUAUGCUUAAUCCAUGGGAGAGAAACGAAAACCAUACGCUUUGCCUUAACUCUGCCAAGGCCAUUGGGUGUACUGUGGUUAAUAUAGGAACUCAAGAUAUCAUUGAAGGAAGGCGUCAUCUUGUGCUCGGUGUGAUUUCUCAAAUCAUCAAGGUGAGGCUCUAA